AUGCCUGCCCGGCCUCAUCUUUUAGGCCGCGCUGCGCGGUUUUUCUGCACCACCGUCCACCCGACCGCCCUCCCCCGCCGCCGCGCGCGCACCCCCCUCUCCGCGCUAGCCCCCAAAACGACCUUUGCCUCGCAUGGUCUGCACCCGUCGAUAACUUCGGCCCUGUCCUCUGCCAACAUUCACACGCCGACAUCGAUCCAGCUUCUCUCUCUCCCGCCCCUUCUUUCGCGCAAGCACGUCCUGCUCGCAGCCGAAACGGGAGCGGGCAAAACCCUCGCCUACCUGGCACCCCUUCUCUCCCAUCUCAAGCGCGCGGAACAGGCCCCACAGACAACUGCCGGCUCUAUCCAGGUCGCCCCGCCGUGCAUGCGACCCACAGUCCUCGUCCUCGUGCCCACGCGUGAGCUCGCCGUCCAGGUCCUGCGCGUGGCAAAGACGCUGGCUCACGUCGCGAAGUUUCGCGCCCGCGCUGCCAUGGGGGGAUCGCAGCGCGUCGCGUUGAAGAGGGCGUUGAGAGAGGCCCCGGUUGAUGUGUUGGUCGGGACUCCAGGGGCCGUCAACAACCUGAUCGACCAAAAGUUGAUUUACUUGUCAAAGGUCCAGGCGGUCGUUGUUGACGAGGCCGACGCCUUGCUGGCGGAAAAGGGCGGGUUUGCAGACCAGACCUUGCCGAUUGUAGACUCGUUGGGAAAGAAGGAAGACGUGCAGUUUGUGUACGCCGGGGCGACUGUGCCAGGAAGCGUCCGUGAGGAAAUUGAGAAGAGGCAUGACGGCUUGGAAGUUGUGAAGGGGAAGCGCUUCCACAAGGCGUUGGGUCCUGCCGAUUUGAAGACAACGUUCAUCCGGGUAGAUGGGGGGGAGGAGGCCAAGCUUGCAAAAGCAGUCGAAAUUGCGGGGCGAGUGUUGAGGCAGAAGGGGGGGGCCGAUCGGUUGCUUGUUUUUUGCGAUGAGAGGGAGAGAAGGGAGCGGUUGGUAGAUUUAUUGAGGGAACAUGUUGGGGAGAAUGUCGUACAUUUGUGUGGAAGAAAUGACUACCAGGACAGGGAGAGGGAUUGGGACAGCUUUCUAGGGACUAAGACGAAUGGGGAGCAGACAAGGGUGGCGGUUUGUGCCAAAUCGUUCGGGCGUGGCUUGGAUCACCAUGGAAUUGGGACGGUGUUGCUCGUUGACGUACCAUGGACAGGGAGCGAAUAUCUCCAUCGAGUCGGUCGGAUACGCGGGUCUGGGAAGGCAUUUGUUUUGGUUGGAAAUCGCGAGCAGGCCGUCGCAGAAGCGUUGUUCCUUGGUCAUGUGAAAGGAGAAAGUUUAGAUUCGAUUCAACCAAGGUCUGCGUGGAAAGGAUAUACGACAGCCGGAAAGGAUCGCAUCACGACUGAGCCGAUGGUGAAUUUUGCGAGGCGAAAGGGCCAAGCAAGAUGGGUUGAUGAGCGGCCUCACGCAAUCGGUAGUGCUCGUGACGCAGAAAGUGGGCCCAAUUUUCGCCGUAACAAUGGCAACGAGGCAGCACAUUCUGCGAGAAGAGGUUUUCUCAGGCGUGAUCGAAGGGUGAAUGGAGCAACGUCAUCUGAGACAUGGAGCCGGCAAGAGCCAGCGAAAAGUAGAGUGAGAGGCGGUCACAAGCGCGGGGGUCGCUUUGAAGCAGAGAAGCGCAGAAGAGUAAUUAUUGCAGACAACUGGUAGAGUUUGCGCACCUUUGCGUGGAUGUAAGUACAGGCACCAAACAGCAGAGAGCACUUACCUAGACAUUUCCUCCAUUCGAUAUCUGCCGCAAGCGUCCCUUGUUUGGUUUGUAAAGGAUACAGAGUAAAGUCUCGAUAAGCUGCGUACCUGA